UCCGUCACAGGUAACGACAGGGAUGUAGGAAGUAGCUGUUUAGUUUUGACGUUGUUUCAGGACAAAAUGAAUAUAAGGACAGGGGUCAUAAACAUAGACUGGCCUGACUGACGACAUGAGACAACCUUUGCUCCUUAUCAGCCUGUCGCUGGCAGUUCUCCUCCUUGCCAGUGUACUGGGUCAGGACAAGGUGCCGGUCCAGUUCCAGACAAAUCCAGUGCUGGUUCAAACUGGUACUGGAAUAGUGAUCACAUUGCUGAACCCACCUAGUGUCCUGUCCAUCACAUGGAAGUAUAACGGAACCGCUUUGGGUCUGUGGGCUGGAGGAACCCAAACGGUUGACCCACCAGCACAGUUCACAGGCAGGGUCACCAUCACUUUUACCCAGCUCCAAAUUGGAAGUGCCCAGCUCCGAGAUGCGGGGAUCUACCUGGCGGAUGUGCUCCCCUCUCCUAGCACAGGUCUGGCUGAGAACUCCGGAUCAGUGCAGCUGAGGGUGUUUGAUGCAGUAGCCGGAGUGAGCCUCUUUGUUCCUUCAAUAGCGUUGGAGGGGAGAAAUGUGUCUUUGAGAUGUACAUGGACUGCUGGGACGGAGAUUACAGUCCAGUGGGGGAAAGGAGGCUCAACAAUCACCGCUGACUCCAGGAUCACCAUCUCCGGUGGCUCUCUGGUCAUUAACCCAGCCAGGCGGAGCGAUGCGGGGCAGUACUCGUGUACAGCCAGCAACCCUGUUAGUGCCCAAACUGUCACACAGAGCCUCACUAUCUACUAUGGCCCUGACACCCCCGUGCUGACCAAGGACACCCCAAAGAGCUGUGUCGGGGGAGGGGACGUGUUGGUGGGACAGACAGCGCUUCUCACCUGUACAGCUGGCUCGCUGCCUCCUGCCCUCUUCUCAUGGCAAUUCAACGGAAUACCUAUCACAUCCAACCCGCCGAACAGCGGGGUGCUCAGCCUUCAGACUUUUUCAACCAAUAAUAGCGGCCUGUAUGUCUGCACGGCCAGAAACAGCAUCACUGGAAACACGUCGGCGCAGAGCACAAGCUUGGCCGUCGUAGACAUAUGCUUGAGCGGAGGGGAAGUGGCGGGGAUUGUGAUUGGUUCUAUCCUGGGCUUCUUAAUCAUCGUGUUCCUCAUCGUGAUCAUUUUCUUUCUCAUGCGAAGGAGGAGGGCACCAAGACAAAGGGAAACUGUGGUGGUUCAAAAGACCAACCCAAAUCAAAGGCCUGUGCCCCCGGAUCCACAGCCUAAUGGUGUUAGGGAUUUGGAUCAAGGUCCCAACCCUCCCCUCUAUCAACACAACCCUGUCCACGUAUACAGAGCCCCACGCCAAAGCCGUGACAACCUGCAGACACCGCAGCUGAAUGGCCUUCAUAACUCUGACAUGCGGCAACACAAUGGCCGUACGCAUACAAAUGGACUCCUGCACAAUACUAUUCAGAACACCAAUUCAGACCCACAUAAUGGCAUUGACAACCCGGCUUUCGUGGACACCAAUGCUCAAAAUGCAAACACGCUCCCAAUCACACAGCAGCAAAAUCCCAGCAUUCUCAUACAGACCGGCACUGGCCAGAGUGGCGGUCAGCCGCAGGCGUUUCACGUCAGCCUGAACACGCUGCCGCUAACUACCCAGCCAAACAACAAUGCACAGUUGCCUGCCAUUCAUGUCAAUCUUAACUCAUAUCCAACCAGUGGACAACAGACACAGCAAGACAGCUCUUUUCCCCUUAGCAAUGCAGCCAAUAAUAAUGCUUCACAAAUCCAACACAGCCCGAUGCAUACAGGGCAGUCUCAUUCCAGAAUGCAAAGUGGCGUGUCCUAUCCUAGUGACCCCCAACUGAAUGGCCAGGUGAACGCAUAUCGACAAGAUCAGUCUGGGCUUAUCCCCACUGGACAUACACAUUAUAACAGCAAUAACACUUUACAGCGGAAUGCCAAUACACAGACAUACCAGCAGGAACUCGAACCUCACAGGAGGUCUGAUAGGAACUCAGGAAGACAAGAGGCCACUCCCAGCUCCUCCCGUCGACAGUUGUCUUGGGAUCUCCUCAGGGGGACGCCAGCAUAUCCCAGUGGCACACAAGAGAGGGGACAAACAUCAUCUGAGUACACCACUGAGACUACAGACUAUACCAGCCAUCCUCCCAUACGAGAGGGGAGGACGGCAAACAGAUCUCAGACCCGCACUCAGAGACAAACUGCUUCUCACAGCAGAACUCCACCCAGACAAGAUGCAUCAUUAGCUGACAGACGCACGCGGCACCACUCAGCUGAUUUUCAGCAGGUAUUCUCUAGCAUUUUAACACAGCACGAGCCCUUACACCGCACACAGAGAAGCCCCCACACACAAAGGGAAAGUGCUCAGCGAGACAUCAGAGGUUCACCUCAUAGCCAGACUGCCCCCAGGCAGGAAGCCACUCACAGGAAUAACCCCCAGGCACUUCCUCUCACUCCCUCUGUAGGCCACUCUGCUGUGUCACAAGGCUCCACCAUACAACAGGGACUGACUGCACCGCAGGCUGCAGACGCUAGAGCUUUGGCUGAUCCUAAUCAUCUUCAACAGGCACACAUGGUUCAGCAAAAGAGAACAGCACCAAUUCAAAGAGCACCAGAAGGCGUGGGCACACAGAGAGAGCCUGUCACACAUGGUGCUGGUCAACCUCCUCGUGGGGGCGCUGCUCCAGCCCCGCACCCAUCUGCCCAGCCCAAACCUAGUAAUCUAACCCAGGCUGCACUUAAAGUCCACGCUGCAAGAGCUCAAACAUUUCAAAAUCGGAGAGAGCAGACCAAGGCUGCCCUGCUUCACCCUGGAACACAGCCUCAAGCUCCAGCUGCUGGGGCUGAGCGCCCACCAACUCCUCCUCCUGUUAUCCCCCUCACACAGUUUCAAACGCUCCCUAAAAAACGCACCCACCAUAAAUCCCCCACGAGAGGCCCUCAGCCCCCCAGACCUCCUGUUAACAUGCCAGUGGCCCAGCGGCCCAAUGUGCAUCACACCACGAUGCCUACCAACCGUCAUCAGCAUCCUCAAACUGGCCACAUGCAUGUCAGUGCACACAGGCAUGGCCACACCCAUGUUCAUGGCCGUGGGGAGCCUGCCCACUUAGCCCAUCAAUGGCAGCAACAGGCUCACAGAGGGAGACCAAGAUGAUGACAGAUGUCAGCAAACUACACUCUACAACUGUCCUGCGAACAAACAGCCAACAGACGUGAUCCAAUAUACCACCAAGCAAGACUGACUGCACAGGGUUUAGCACUCUAAAAAGCUGUCAUACCCUGUCAUAACUGACUCCUAAAGUCAGUUAUUUUUUUAUAUAUAUAUAUAAAAAGAAGACAAACGUGUCUCCUGGGCUGAUAAAAUGUAAGUUUCCUGAAAAGUAAUUGUAAAUUAUCUCAAAGGAGGUUUGAGCUCCCAUUUUUAAGGAAAACAAACAAACACAAACUAAAAAAAACUCCAUAAUCAGUCAACACAAAUAUUGUGUCCCAGACGGACAUAUUUUGUACUGCUUUGUACUUCUGCAGCACUGGUCAUGUAUCAAAAUUUGCCCAGGGCCUGUUUUAAAAAAAAAGCACUGUGAUCCAUGGCUCCUGAACAAGUGCAUGUCCUCUCAUCCAUUCAUCAACAGGACUAAACAACACUGCCUUUAAUAAAAGGCACUCGAAGUAGUUGCAUGAGUACCCGCGACUACCUGAGCUGAUAAUGACAAACAAUAAAUGAGAAAAGACCCUGCACAAGAUGGACUCAGCCCCAGGGAGCAGUUAUAAAAGAUGAAAUUAGCAGCAGGGGUGGUCUUGAUUUACUCUGAGCUAUUUAUUUUGUGCCUUCUGUUUACAGAUGCCUCUUAUGACACUUCUCAAUUAAAGGGAUUCGCUCCAGUGGUGCUGGGAAAUAAUGCUCCGCUUACUAUGAGGGGGGAAUCCCCCCCCAAAUGGAUGGGCGCUUAUUAAUUAAAUGCUUUUAUGUGACUUAAAUGACUUGGAAAAUAAUCAUACCCAUGCAUGAAUGGGGUCAGAACAAAAAGAAAAAAACCUGAGCUACUGCACUUUCUGCUGAAAAAGCAGUCUGACAAUUUACGGGUUCAUAGACAGCUCAUUAGAAAUGAGGGGAUGUUAUUAUCUUAACUGAGAAUGUAUUUAUUUAUUUUACAAUAUGUAUAUAUUUUUAAACUCAGGUGUAUAAUUGCAUAUCGAUGGUUUAAGUUGCACUAAUCAAUAUCAGCAUGAAGCUAAUGAUGUUCUCCGUUUCUCCUGCCAAAAACAAACAAAAAAAAACAACAACUUGGGCACUGUGUUGCAUCAAAUGUGUAAAAAGUUUAGAAUCAGUUGUGUCACAUAAAUUUUGUGCUGGCGAAAUGUUCAAAGAGUUUAAAAUUUUACAUCCUGGUCCCCCAGCAACACCUGCCGGUGUCCAUCUGUUCUGAGACUUUUGGACAACAGAGCAUGUGUUUGUGACCUUUUUUUAAAAAAAAAUAUUAGCAGACCAAUCAAAGCCUCAAGUUAAGAAAUUGAAAAUGUAUUCUUCUUCACGUGGAGCUUUUUGACAUUAAGAAAACAAAACACAGAAUAUCCCCAUUAUUUUUUAAAUAUUAAAAUGAAUAAGCUCAGUGUUAGAAAACCUACCUGAAGAGCUGCCCGGCACAUAUGGAAGCUCCAACCAGACAUCUGGAGCAUCAGGUUUCCUUUACCGCCUUGAAAGUUCUUUGGUUCUUGUUUUGGAAUAUUAAUGCUUGCAAAUAGUUCACACAGAUGUUCCAUGGAAGAUGAUAAAAAUACAGUAUUUAUUUUGAGUGGAAUUUGUAUUUCU